AUGUUCACAGUAAAGGCGACGUACAACAAUGAAACUCGCAAGUUCACUCUGCCAGAGUCGUCCUUCCCCUCUUUCAGCGCAAUCCAGAGUCAGCUAUAUCGUGUCUUCCCAAUCAGGGGAUCUUACCAUCUCUCAAGGCUAAUGUUCUGUCCUUCUGAGGGAUCUAGAGUCGUCGUUGGUAAAGAGGUCCACAAUGAAGCACAGUAUAAUGAGCACAUCGCCCCCUUUUGUGGACGUCUCUGGCCAAACGGCCUGCUGCGGUUCAAUGUCGUAGAUGAGAUUCCGCAUAAGCCUCCUUUUGCUGCUUCUUUAGACCCGAGUCCGUUUGACCUUCCUCCUUCACCUCGAUUGGCUAGGCCGCUUCCUCGCCAUCCGCCGCAGACUGCGGGUUCUUCCUUCAUGGACGUAGACGACGAGUGGAGCGCCACAGGUACAUCCAAUCGUAACUCUAUGCUUUCUCAGUCGACUCGGCAAUCAUGCUGCUCGGUCUCUGAAGGAAAGGAAGAAAUGAAGGAAUUAAUGUCGAACUUCCUACGAGACUUCAAUGAGAUGAUGACAUCAACAUUCGGCGAAGCACCAGUAACUCCGACACCCAAACGUGUCCCUACUCCUCCAGUUCAGGCUGCCUCUUCCUCUGAGGCUGUUGCUCACGAACAAGCCGAACAGACUGAGCAGAGGAAUCCCGAUGAUGCCAGUGACGUGACCAUUCCGGGAGCAUUUGUCCACCCGGCUCCAAGCACGAGUGUACCAGCACCGACAGAGAGAGUUCUGCAUGACGGUAUAACGUGCGAUUAUUGCGGAUACGACCUACGUGGAACGCGAUUCAAGUGCCAUAAUUGUCCUGAUUAUGACCUGUGCGAAGACUGUGUAACAUUGCGCGAUGCAAUGAGCUGGCAUCAGGCAGUUUUUGCCCAGCAGGACGAUGGCCCUCUUCAUUCUUUCCUGGAAAUUACGAAGCCAGGUGACGUCGCUUCGACCCCUCGCGAACGUGAUCAUAAUGUACUUGAGUUAAUUGAGUUGAACAUUCCUCCGCUGUCGUCGAGGCCUGUUCACUCAGGGAUUUCCUGUGAUUUCUGUGGUUCCAUAGUCGUGGGUACUAGACACAAGUGCCUGGACUGUCCGAAUUUCGACCUAUGCGACGAGUGCUUCCCAAGGCAUGAAGUCGACCAUCCUGGACAUGAGUUCGUGUCAUUAGAGACGCCCAGGCGAAUCAUGUUUAUUCAAGUACGUGAUGGGGAUGAAACUCCGAGAGUGCAUCAGUCUAGUCGUCGGGCGCAGCCUACUGCCGCUCAUAAUGCAAUUUGCGACCUUUGUGACUCAAGAAUUCGUGGAUCUCGUUACAAAUGUCUUUCAUGCCCGGACUUUGAUACUUGUUCUUCCUGCCAUGAUAUCGUGCCUGAGCAUCAUCCAAGGCAUACAUUCGUCAAGCUUGAUAAGCCACAAGAUCUUUCAUCUCGCGACCCGCAUGCUUACAAGAGGCACAGUGCUCGCUGCAACGAGUGUGGUGAAACCAUCCGUGGCGUCAGAUACAAGUGCUUGCACCCAGAAUGCCCAGAUUAUGACCUUUGCAGCAAAUGCGAGGCAAUGCCGAUCGAAGUGCACCCUCCUCUUCAUCCACUGGUCAAAUUGCGUAGUCCCGACGUCGUUAUUCCGACUGUUUACCGUGUCGGAGGAACAUCUCUCAUCGACACGCCUAUCCGUCAACCAGAGACCAUAGGUGUUGCAAUCGAGACGGAUCCACUACCCGAGAAGACUGAUGUUUCAGUACAUGCUAAUAUCAAAGGCAAGACAUCCGAUGCUGCGGUGGCUACCACCCCAUCAAUUCUUGAUGAUGAAGAAUCGCCUGAGCGUUCUGUGACUGACGCUUCAGUACAUGCCGACAUCAAAGACAAGACGUCCGAUGCUGCAAUGGCUACUACUCCAUCGAUUCUUGACGAUGAAGAAUCGCUUGAGCGUUCUGUGGUGAUGCCCAUCCUGCCAACGCCACCACCAUUCAUGCCCAGCAUGCCUUCCGAGCUUGUUCAGCAAUUUGCAGACCUCUGGCGCGACGAACCCACGAAGCUGGGCGAAGCCAGCAAUGCCCCGAAGAAAGCAAUGACGCGAUCUGAGGCAAACGAUGCGGACGUCCCGUCCUUCCCAUCACUCUUUUCGGCGUUCAUGGCGAAAUACCCUCCGGUCCCAAAGAAUGUACUUCACGCAGUAUUUGUUUCCGAUGUCAAUGUCGAGGAUGGUCAGGUUUUCCCUCCAGGAGCGGAAUUCGUAAAGUCUUGGCGCAUCCGGAAUGAUGGUGUUAUGCCAUGGCCGGAGACUACGCGCAUUACAUUUGUUGCUGGUGAUCGCAUGCCAGCAUUCAAUGGUGCUCCUCUCAGCUACCAUGUUGGGGGUGUCGAAAAGGGAACUACAGUAGAUGUUAACGCAUAUGAUAUGAAGGCGCCCGAAAUUCCGGGCAAAUACGUUGGCUAUUGGCGCCUUAGCGACGGUAUAGAGCCAUUUGGUCAAAGCGUCUGGUGCGAGAUCUCGGUUCCUAUCCCAAGUGGUCCUUCUUCCUCCGGUCAUGAGUCACUCACUGCGUCCGAGGUCGUCAUGCCUGAGCCUUCGCACGCGAGAACGGCCUCAAUUGACCACCCAGUCGAACCUCGUACACCUGACCUAGUUCCAUCGACAUCUAUUCCAGCGACCCCAACCGUAUCGGCUCCCUCAACUGACGUAGACAGCGUGGACUCUUUACUUGACGAUUUCGACGCAGCCUCGGACGAAGAAUAUUGGGAGGCUUCUCGUGAGCACGCAGGCGGCCGCCAAGUUGCCCACCAUCCCGAUGCGGAAUAUGUCGUCCUGUACGACGAACAGAGUACCGAUGACGAAGGUCAUUGAAAGAAUUUUUUUCUCCGCGGCUAAUAUUCGUAUUCGUAUGCAACUUUCCAUGCAUUAUCUUUUGCUUCUUGAGUUUUCGUUCACACUGGAGCUUUUUUGGAGCUUCAACGUCUCACAGUCAUUUUGUUUGGUUUCCUAACUCCUUUUUGCUGAACCGACAUUCUUUUCAUAGUUUUACUUUCCCCAUCUUGUAUGACAGCCCC